AUGAGUAAACCGAACAUGGGGAAUGUGGUUUUUUCGAUUAUUUGGCUAAUUAUCCUAAUCUUCGUGGGCUUCUGGAUAGCUGGCAUAGCUGCUGGUUUAUAUAUCAUUCUUAUACCUUUCUCCGUGUGUAUAGAACCGUUAACAGGUCUAACGGAUUUCUUACUAAAAGUGGUACAGUUUCCGAGAACCUGUGCAGAAAGGAUGAUGUCAGGAAGUGGAUUUAAUUAG